AUGUCCACAUAAUAUCGAAUACCCUCUAAUGAUCAUUAUAUUCGCGAUCUGGAGAAUCUUUCCCAGAGAGAACGGCAUGGAUUAUUCUCAUAGCCCCCUCCUCUUUCAGUUGGUGAUUAAUACAACGAUUCUCAAAAAAGCAAGGGAAAGAAAAAGGGAGUUCUAAUUAAUUAAAAAAUACAAAAUCAUCAUGAACCUUCAUUAUUUAUGAACCCAGGUUAUAUUUCAGUAGGUGAUCCUUACAAAGAUCCAUUUAAGGCUAAAUAAAUUUAUGAAAAAGAAAGAGAAAUGGCAAUAACAAAUCCUCAUAGUUUUAAACCCACUGAUAAAUCUAAAUCUAUAAAACACUCCGAAUUUUAGCAUUUGAAAGAAUACGAAGAUAAAAGGUACAAUACUAGAAAAACAUCAGGAGAAGUUAUCACUUAAGCUCGAAAUUUUUAAACAAAUCCAGCAAAAAAAGGAGUGGGAAGAACAACAAUAAAUACCUUGUUUGGAAAUUAUUAAUACAUCCCUGACCCAUACGAUAGAUAAGAAGAAUUAGAUAGAUCAGAGAGACUUAAAUAUAAGAGCAAAUUCUUACCAGGAGCCAUCAGAUUCGUUUCAACCAGUCAUGGAAAUCGCCCUUUUACAUCUGAUGGAGAAUUGUUAGAUGGAGCAGGAUAUAAUGAAGAAAAGUUUAAACGUCCACGAUACAAAGGGGUUUCAUUUAGGCCACCUAAUAAAAAUAAAUCUGGAUUUUAAGGAACUUUUGAAGUCUUUCAAUAUAUCGAAGAAGGAGCACCAAUACCAAAAACAAAAUAAAAUACUUUUUCAAAAUUAUUAAAAACUGAUACUUUUGAAAGACCCUGGAGGCCUAAUUCAAAUGGAACAUUUGCUAGACCUUGUCCAAGCGUAUCUGAAAAAUUAAGAAAUAAAAGUGGAGGUACUACGAGGAUUUGA